AUGCUUGAGGAUGUUGUAUUUCCGGAUUCUCUUGAAAUAAUUGGUAAUGAUGUGUUUACAAGAACAAAAAUUAAGAAUUUAACUAUACCAAGAAGCGUAAUCAAUUUGGAUUCAGGAAAUUCGUUCGAUCUAAUAGAAACUCUUGAGUAUGCGCAAGUUGCACCGGAAAAUCCUAAAUUUAUUUCAAUAGACGGAAUACUUUAUACCAGAGACAUGAAAACGUUGUAUAUUUUUCCAAAAAAUAAAAAUAUAACUUACUUUUCUGUCCCUUAUGGAGUUGAAACAAUUACAGUUGCUGCUUUCUCUGGAACUCGAUACGUUUCAACUUUAGUAAUUUCUGAAACAGUACGAACUAUAGGCGCAUAUUUCUGCCGUUAUUCGGCGGUACAAGCUGUCAUUAUCAAACAAAGAAAAGGAAAAAUACGAAUCAGUGAAAAUGAUCUUUUUAAAGGAACGAUAUACAAUGUCACUAUAGAAUAUCUCAACCGUCAUCCGGAAUCUUGUGCAUGUAAUAUUUAUAAUCAAAUUUUAAUUUCAUUUACUUUAUUAUCAGUAAUAAUUCUGAUCUAA